AUGGUUACACAUUACGAUGACACAUAUGCUGUUCCCAGCGUCCCAGGAGAUAAUCGGCCAUUGAUCAUGAAUGGUAUCGAGAGGACUGUAAUUGUGAUGGAAGAUGAGGAAUAUAAGAAAACUUGUUGUUUCAGUACAAAGUUCUGUUCCAGCUUGUUCUUAAUUUUAACGGGUAUCGGCCUUGCUGCUAAGUAUAUUGUUUUGGGAUCUGACAGGGAAUUGACAGCCAGUGCUACCAUUCUCAACUUUGAUGGCUUUUUCGAGGGAGCUAAUGUCAAGAAUGGUUUCUUGAUGUUUCACGUGUUUUGUGAAGCCUGCUUAUUUAUAACUGUAAUAAGUAAAAAACGACAGUUUCUCGUGCCAUUCAUUUUAAAUCAAGUUUUCCUAAUAACCUUCGAAUUAAUCGUUGUCAUUACGUGUAUAGUUUUUGCUGCAUCGAACAGCAUUUCGAGAAUAUCUGACGGCUGCGAAGCUGUCCUUCAGGAAUUCAUACCUAAUAGGUUCAUCAUCCAAAUCAGCAACUAUGGUGAUAUGAUGAUUGUUGUCGCAGCAGGCUUACUGAUCUCUCUCAUGAUUUUGAUUAAUACAAUCAUGCUAUCGUUACUAAACAGAAUUUAUCGUUAUUACCGCUUUGUGUCUUUCUAUCGUAUGUGA